AUUCUUUCUAAAUUUUCUCUCCUAGUUAAGCCGAAGGUGACUGUGUAUCCCACAAAGACGCAGCCCCUACAGCACCACAAUCUCCUGGUGUGUGCAGUGAGUGGCUUCUACCCAGGCCACAUUGAAGUCAGGUGGUCCCGGAAUGGCCAGGAGGAGCAGGCUGGGGUCGUGUCCACAGGCCUGAUCCAGAAUGGAGACUGGACCUUCCAGAUGCUGGUGAUGCUGGAAACAGUUCCUCAGAGUGGAGAGGUCUACACCUGCCAGGUGGAGCACCCAAGCCUGACGAGCCCUGUCACAGUGGAAUGGAGGGCGCAGUCUGGAUCUGCACAGAGCAAGAUGCUGAGUGGAGUGGGCGGCUUUGUGCUGGGUUCGCUCUUUCUUGUGUUGGGGAUGUUCAUCUACUACAAGAAUCAGAAGGGACGCUCUGGACUUCAGCCAACAGGACUCCUGAGCUGAAGAGAAGGUGACAACACUGAAGGAAGGACCCAUGUCCUGCCUCCCCAGGUCAUGAAAGGCUCCUGCUUGGCUCUCCUUCUUCCACAGAGACAGGGCUUUCUCAGGACUUGGUUGUUCCUGGUUCAGUGACCCCAAAGAACAUGUCCUCCCUGCUGGCCUCCUGAGCCCUUAGCCCUGACCUGAAAGCCCCAGUACAGAUACCAUGCUGAACUUGUCUUCAUUUUCCCCUGACCCAUUUUUCUUCAAACCUCCAUGCCUCCCAUGAGUCUGAAAUCACUUUGUGCCACUUUACUUUAUUCCAUUUCUUUUCAAAUAAACAUGGGGGUGAAAAUCCUCUGCUUCACAGAA